UUGAUUUGCUCAUUACUUGUAUCUGCUCGUUAUUUAUCAUUGCCAUAGGAUCUUCAUGCUCCUAUGGAGGAUGAUCAGAUGAAAAUAAGCUGUGGGAGCAAAAGACCAAGAUCUGCUGAAUUUGACUUACACUGGAGUGAAUGGCAACUCCUUGAUUCCAUUCUCCCCACAGGAGGGUUUGCUCAUUCAUUUGGUAUUGAGGCUGCCGUUCAAGCCCGCAUUAUUUCAUCUCCUGAUGAUCUUCGAACUCAUGUGAUACAUGUGUUGGAGAAUACUGGGAGCUUACUACUUCCUUUUGUGUACUCUGCAACUGUUAGUCCGACUUUAGAAACCUGGCAUAAACUUGACAGAAUGUUGGAUGCAACUUUAACUAAUGAAGUAAGUCGAAAGGCAUCAAUUGCACAAGGGUCGGCUCUUAUGAGAGUAGCUGCUGCUGUUUUUACAGAAAUCCCAUCUCUCAAAAGCAUGAGGGAAAUCUCUUUGUGCUCUGGCACUUUCACUUCCCACCAUGCUCCUGUUUUUGGGAUUAUUUGUGGGCUUCUUGGGUUGCAAAGUGAAAUUUCUCAGAAAGCUUACAUGUUUGUCACAACAAGGGAUGCUAUUUCCGCCGCUACAAGAUUGAAUCUAGUUGGACCACUUGGUGCAGCCGUACUGCAGCAUCAGAUUGGUUUUGUUGCCGAAGCUAUGUUGAAGAAAUGGAAAGACCGUCCUGUGGAGGAAGCUUGCCAAACGGCUCCUUUACUUGAUACAGUGCAGGGGUGUCACGGUUACUUAUUUUCCAGACUGUUUUCUUCCUGAAGUUUCACUAAGAGAUUCAGUAUUUUUCUUGUUCUAUUCAUGUAUCUAUGAGCUAUGUAAAUUUUGAUUGAUUCAGAAGAAACUUGUAUGUUUAUAGCUUGAUGACAUGUUUUAGCCUUCAACAAUGUUGAUGAUGGAUUUGAUAUUCUGGAUUUAGAGGCUCUUGAAGUUAGAAUUUGUAGUGCCUUUCAAAUUGGAUGAAAGCUCUUUGUU